UACUUUGUAAUAAAACAUCUCCAAUAUUGUAUAAAAAUUAAGUGUCACUAAUUAAAGAAAGUUGUUACACGACACUAUAGCUAUUAGUAUUUAUUUUCAAACAUUGCGACUCGAAGAGGUGUAAAAAAUAUUGAUGACUUAGACAUUUAGAAAAUGGGUAUUGUUUACAUUGCAAUAUGAUUUGGCAUACAUUGUUUUAGUGUUGGAGACAAGACAAAAAACACAUUGUGUUAAUACACUUGAUUAAUUACUUUUGGGGACAAUAAAGACGGUAUUUGAAAAAAAUAAUUCAGUUGUUUCUGAGGCAAUGAAGCUUCAAGUAAUUCUGUUUAAUGCUUACGUUUUUGUUAGCUUUGGCGAAUGUUGCAAUUUAAAUGUACACAAUUUACAACUAAUAUCCGAUUAUAUGACUUGGAGAAUGAUGAAAUCGGUUGUAAUCCUCGACAAUUCUCUAACUAAAAAUUGCCAACCAUUAAUGUAUUUCUCUUGUUUCUCAUUGUGUGAUCUCUUCGUUUCAAUACAAUCACCUAUGAGCUUUAUGCGAAAUAUUGAAAAUUUUAUUAGUCGUAAAAUUGGAGUCGUGAUGUUUCUCGAUAAUGUAAACAAUAAUUUUACGAAUAUUUUUAACGAGGAGGUGUCUAAACAAGAUAUUUACCGGGAGAAUUUCGCAUGGUUGAUAAUAACAAACGAAAAUGAAAUUGUCGAUAAGUUCAGGUUCACGGCCUUGAGUUUGAAUGCUGACCUAGUGAUUGCGAUUGACAUGAAUUUUUCACGUAUUAAGAAUACAGAACUAUUUGAAGAUUUAUCGACUUUAACCGAAAUAUGCAAUGCUACUUGUACAAAACUGUACAAUACUUUCAACCAAACAAUAUCACAUUCUCCAUUAAUUUAUUUAGGUUUCUUAUUAAAAUGUGUUAUAUUUUAUAGUUUUUGUCAUGUCUUGACUAAUACAGAACUAUUUGAAGAUUUAUCGACUUUAACCGAAAUAUGCAAUGCUACUUGUACAAAAGUGUACAAUACUUUCAACCAAACAAUAUCACAUUCUGCAUUGUUAUAUUCACACGAAAAUGAAACUCUUAAACUUUGUAACAAAAGCACCUUUGCUAUUGAUUCUUAUUGUCUACUACAACUAUACAAGAUAAGAAAAGAAUCAAAUAUUUCACUCGUAGUCAAUCCAUUGGGAAUAUGGAACACAUCAAUCUUUAGUGGAAUGUUACGUCCAUUUUUAGUAACAGAAAAACGUAUAAAUUUCCACAACUUUCAACUAAAGCUCGGCAAACAAAAUGCUACACAAGGAAGUAUUAUGGAAAAUGUUAUCGAAGACAACACAAGCGAUAAGCAACUAAAUGAAAUUUCAUCUUAUUUCCAGCAUUUUUUCAAUUCUAGUAUAGAAAUCUUGUAUUUUGAAAAGUUAGGGCGCAAAGAGAAUGGGAAAGAAUGGACAGAUUUGCUUGGAGCUGUUGUUAACGAAGAAGUAGACUUGGGUUUGGAUACAAUUAUCAAAACUGAAGAAAGAUAUUACGACAUGGCUUUUACUCACAACAUAUUGACAUCUAUGCGUAACAUCUACAUAAAACAUCAGCCAUCUAACGAACUUAGAGACAUUUAUUUGAUUCCUUUUGGAACGAAACUAAUUCUCUUUGUGAUGAUCACAGGCUUUACUUUGUGUCUUUUAAUGACCAUUAUAAACAAAGUAACAAACAAAAUAACAGAAAAUGGGAACGAUAGCAAAGAUAAUUCAUUCGGUGAAGCAACAAUUUGUUGUAUUGGCAUUUUCACAAUGCAGGGAAGUUUGUGGUCACCUAGCACCUAUUCAGGAAAUAUAAUUUUAAUAACUUCACUUGCAUUUGCUUUGGUUAUUUUUAAUUCAUAUUCGGCUUUUAUAACAUCUAUACUUUCGGUUGAAUUGUCUAGCAUUCGGUCAGUUGAAGAUCUGCUAGAAAGUAACUAUAAUAUUGGAUACGUUAAAAAUAGUCAAGAUGAGGUAUAUUUGAGAUCAAUGAAUGAUACACAACUGCAACAGAUUUAUCUGAGAGGUUAUCUGUACAACACUGUUGGAAAUGUGACUGAAGGACUCUAUAAAAGCUACAAGGGCCAUUACGGAUUUUUUGCUUCAACAAACAUUGCUAGAAAAGAAUUACAACGGAUAAACAACUACAAAUGCAAUUACGAAAUAAUGGAGAUACCAAUAAUGAAAACAAAAAACACAAUUGCAUUUCCAUUGGCGAGAAAGUCGCAUUAUAAAAAGGUUAUAGAUUUGAGCAUUAUGAGAAUGUAUGAAACAGGAAUUUAUAAAUAUUUUUACUCGAUGGUUGUUCCAACUUAUUCAAAAUGUGAUGAAAGAAGAAUUUUUCGUAGUGCACACUUGCCCGAUUUGUCUUCUGCCUUUGGAAUCUUAAUUAUCGGUGUUAAACUGUCUGUUAUUAUAAUCAUAGCUGAAUGUUUAUGGAAGAGGAAGCGUGUAAUAUAUUUAAAAAUCAAGAAAAACUGGUUAAAGACAAAUUUGUACCAUCGUGGACGUCAGCGUAACGAAAGGAUUAUAAGUCAAAAGUCGGCUCUUUAAAAUUAUCUUUGGUGUAGUAUUAUUGCUCGUAGUUACUAGUUAGAAUGUCUUACAAGUGUUAAAACAAAAUUAAAUAACUUAAUAUUGAAUGUACAGGGUGCUAAACUAAAAGGUUUAGUGAAAAAGAAGCGACACAUUCUCAGAUCCGUUUUUUGAGAAAAUAAUUUUGGUCAAAACUGCAUCUUGCUAUCAUCUUUUGUUUUGGACUUAUAAACAAAAGUUGACAUUUUAGCAAAAUUUCAAAAAAUUCAUAUAUUUCUUAUUAUAAAAUAUACACAGUUGAAACAAGGACAGUAUAAGGCAUUGUUUUACAGAGAAUUUAAUAUUUUUGGCAGCGGUUUUUUUGAAUCAUUCGUUUAGCCGUAAUAGCAUAAAGUUCUAAAUUUUUUAAAAGGAAUCAUACUUGGCCAUAGCUAACUCGAAAAGCUUAUUUUUUUCUGAACUGAAAACAAUAUGAUAUUAUUAUUGAUAUUUUUCUAAACUUUUGAUAAAAAUAUAUUUAAAAUAUUUGAAAGUAGUUGGCCAUGGAAAAAAUUCCCGCUAUCGUCUUUUCUCUUCGACUUAUAAACAAAAGUUGACAUUUUAGCGAAUUCUUAAAAAAAUUAUUUCAUCUUUAUUAUAAAAGAUACACAUUUAAAACAAAUUUUUUUUUAUAGAGAACUUAAUAAUCUUAUCAGCGAUUUUUUUUAACCUUUCGUUUAGCUGUAAUAACAAGGUUUUAUUUUUUAAAUAUGAAUCAUAGGAGGCUGUGAUAUUUUUGAAAAGCUUAUUUUUUUCUGAUUUGAUAUGUUUAUUUGUGUAAUACAUACUUUUUUGAUAUUUAAAAAUCGCUUUUUCUUUAUAGUAGACCAUGACAAAAUUUUGGCUUUUCAAUUAAAACAUUUCAAACUAUGAAAAAUGUGUCAUUCUUUUUUUCCAAACUUCUUAGUUCCGGAGAUCUCCUAUUCGGACAUCCAAAAUAUCACCCUGUACUAUGGGAUCAUUUGAAUUUAUAAUUAGAGUCUAAUCAGUCUUUCUCAGUUUUUUGACUUGGAUGAAAACGACAAUUGUUAUAAUUAAUCAAGCUGAAGGGUCAAAUAAUGAUGUUUUGAUUUUUCAAUUUUUUCCUUCAGUUUGUACCAACAUUCAAAACCGCCUACUUUAAUUAUAAAUUUAAAUGAUCGCAUGCUAUUUUAGCGAAAUAAACAAUUGAAUAUUUGUUGUUUGCAAUUCUGUUUUGUAUUUGAAAUCUAAUGUGUGUCUCAAAACUAUAAAUACAGGAUGACCCAGGGGUGCAAGCAUGCUCCGUAACUUUUUUUUUCUAUGCAAGCUAUCAAUUUGGAUUUUUUUAAACGAUAGGUCUUACAAUAAGGCACAUUUUAAAAAUAUUUUAAUUUGUAUACAAGCUGUUCAAUAAUAAAAUACCCAACUAAG